AUGAGACCUCAGCCUGGGCUAUUUGCUCGCUCUUGGACUUGCAUCCAAUGUCGAGCUUGCUCUUCUUCUGCUGGCGCUCAAGUCCGCAACUCGAAAAAUAAACUGCCGGAUGCGCCUGCGCGUACGCGUUUUGCGCCGUCGCCCACCGGAUACCUCCACCUAGGAUCCCUACGAACUGCACUCUUCAAUUACCUACUGGCAAAGCGCACCGGGGGCCAGUUCCUCCUGCGCAUCGAAGAUACCGACCAGAAACGGACGAUUCCCGGCGCAGAGCAGAGGCUAUACGAUGAUCUACAAUGGGCCGGUCUAAAUUGGGAUGAAGGUCCGGUUGUUGGUGGUCCUUACGGCCCUUAUAGACAGUCUGAACGAACGGAUUUAUAUCGGUCUCAUGCCAACGACCUCAUCUCAAAUGGUCAUGCUUACCGAUGCUUUUGCUCUGCAGAACGGUUGGACACAAUGGCCCAGCACCGCAGUCAAGCUGGAUUGACCCCUGGCUAUGACCGAAAAUGCGGCGAUCUAUCUGCAGAGGAGUCGGAAUAUCGAGCUGCCAACGGGGAAACACAUAUCAUUCGACUAAAGGUCGAAGGGUAUCCUAUGUUUAAUGACCUCGUCUAUGGUAAGACUGGGCAGAACAAGCCAAACAACAAAAAGUUGGACUUCAUCGACCGAGUGUACGAUGAUCCGAUUUUGAUCAAAUCAGACGGUCACCCCACGUAUCAUUUGGCGAACGUGGUGGAUGAUCAUUGUAUGAAGAUCACCCAUGUCAUCCGAGGAACGGAAUGGAUGCCAUCCACACCCAUGCACAUGGCUCUAUACAAUGCUUUCAAAUGGACGCCUCCGCAAUUCGGACAUGUCCCCUUACUCGUUGACCAGAAAGGGCAGAAGCUGAGCAAGCGGAAUGCAGACAUUGAUCUCUCCUCCUUCAAGGAUAAGCAAGGUGUCUUUGCCUCCACACUGGUGAACUUUGCUGCGCUUUUGGGUUGGUCGCAUUCUCAGAAGUCAGAUGUAUUGAGUUUGCAAGAAUUGGAACAGAUCGUACGUUUUCUUGCAAUCAAAAUUCUUCAGUCAGGCACUAACAAUCAUAUAGUUCAACUUGAAGAUUACCAGAGGCAACACUGUUGUCGCCUUUGA